CGCCGGCAAACUGGCCACUGGGCCUCCGGCUGCCAGUCGGCGGGCGGCCCCCGCCAUCCUCUCCUAGUGUCUCCGGGGCCAGCCGUUGGGACCCCAUUUGCCCCGGGUCUGGUGUUUGGGGUGGUUCCUGGCUACCCGGUUCGUCUCCACCUUCUCACCUCCACCCCAUCUUGGGACCGGAACCUUUAUGAAAGUUUAAAGCGAACUUACUAUAGGAGCCUGGGACCUGGUGGGACUACAUUAUAUGGUAGCUCUUUGUUACAGCACUUAAUAUAGUCCCUUGAACAGACGAGGAGAUGGUAUGCACGAGAGCAGCUCCUUACUGACUACGUGGACAGCUUUCCUGUGUGCAUAUAGUGUAGUGCGUCAUUAACCUAAGGACCUCACCAAUUGGAAGUUACAGUUUUUGCCAUCAGCUCAGCUUAUUUUUUUAGGUCUGGUUCUCUUCCUCAAACAGUGGAAACAUCUUUCUUUCAAGUUGCUUUUGUUGCGGAAUUAAGCAAAUGGCUGAUAGUGGCGGUGGUAAAAAAUGCACAAAAUGCUCCAACUGUUCAUCUACGUCUCAGAAAAAUGUAUUUUGUGUGUGUUCCUGUCGAAAAAGUCUUUCUCCAAUUUCAGUAGUGGAAAUGUCACAGACAUCAAGUGUUGCUAGUUCAGAAUGUGCACUUUCACCGGAGAGAACAAAAGAAAAACAAACCAACAAAGAUAUUGCCUCUGGAAAAGAUUUGCCCUCAAGAACCUCAAAUGUAGAGAGAAAAAUAUCUCAACAGCAGUGGGGUCGGGGCAACUUUACAGAAGGAAAAGUUCCUCACAUAAGGAUGGACAAUGGAGCUGCUAUUCAGGAAAUCUAUACCUUUGGAAGAAUAUUGGGACAAGGGAGCUUUGGACUGGUCAUUGAAGCUACGGACAAGGAAACAGAAACUAAGUGGGCUAUUAAAAAAGUGAACAAAGAGAAGGCUGGAAGCUCUGCCGUGAAGUUACUUGAACGGGAGGUGAACAUUCUAAAAAGUGUGAAACAUGAACAUAUCAUACAUCUGGAACAAGUCUUUGAGACCCCUAAGAAAAUGUACCUUGUGAUGGAGCUUUGUGAGGAUGGAGAACUCAAAGAAAUUCUGGAUAGGAAAGGGCAUUUCUCAGAGAAUGAGACAAGGUGGAUCAUUCAAAGUCUUGCAUCAGCUGUAGCAUAUCUUCACAAUAAGGAUAUAGUACACAGAGAUCUAAAACUGGAAAACAUAAUGGUUAAAAGCAGCUUUAUCGAUGCUAAUGAUGAAAUGAACUUAAACAUAAAGGUGACGGAUUUUGGCUUAGCUGUGAAGAAGCAGGGUCGAGGUGAGGCCAUGCUGCAGAGCACGUGUGGGACUCCUAUCUACAUGGCGCCUGAAGUUAUCAAUGCCCAUGACUAUAGCCAGCAGUGUGACAUUUGGAGCAUCGGUGUAAUAAUGUACAUUUUGUUAUGUGGAGAACCACCCUUUUUGGCAAGCUCGGAAGAGAAACUUUUUGAGUUAAUAAGAAAGGGAGAACUACAUUUUGAAGAUCCAGUCUGGGAUUCCAUAAGUGAUUGUGCUAAAAGUGUUUUGAAACAACUUAUGAAAAUAGAUCCUGCUCACAGAAUCACAGCUAAGGAACUCCUAGAUAACCAGUGGCUAACAGGCAACACACUUUCCUCGGCAAGACCAACCAAUGUGUUAGAAAUGAUGAAGGAAUGGAAAAAUGACCCAGGAAGUGAUGAGGAAAACAUAAAAGAUCAAAAGAACUGGUCUAUUCAAAAAGAGUUGAAAGGUUACCAACCCAGCAGACCCGGUGGAAAUGUCCAAGAUGUCAGUAGCACUUCAGAUGAAGAGGAGGAAAAACAGUCCACUGCAUCUCCUGUGACCUGUAAGAAGGGAAAUAUGGACGACUUGGACGUGAGCAAUUUAAGUUACACAUGUAGCAGACUCCUUCCAGGUGGACUCAAGGGAGAACCAGAGAAACAACCUGUGACUUCAAGCCAAGGAACAGCAACCAAAGGCGCUGCCAAAUCCACUGCCCUGCCUAGAACCAAGAAGAAACUCUGAGGUCCCCUCUAACGCUGCGUAGUACAACGCUGAAUAGUAAAGCAGAGCUGCUCUUUCUAGUGCUAAAGUGAGGGGAUAGGAGGGGAACAGGACAGUACCGUGCCGAGCUCUCAGCUUUUUCUGUCCUGAGCCCUGCCGUGUGUUUGCACCAGUUUUCGGUUGAAGCCAGUUAUCUCCAAAGCAGCCUGUUGCUAAAGGACAGCCGCCAACAGGCUUGACGGCGGGCUGCGGCUGAAAUCAGCUCGAGACGUUUCCGAGAGCUGUUUGAGAGGAGCACAUGUCCUCAGAGCAAGGCUGUGGGCAUACUUGCUCGGUUUUACUUCAAAUUCUUAUAUUCAGGCACAGUUAUUUAUAGGGGAAAAUGAGAGCCACGUGUGGUAACGGAGGUCCCAAAUAAUUAUGUGCACUUUGCGCUAGAAGGCUCUGUCAGAAAAUUAUUAAUAAACUUGUCGUAGGUGUAACAGCAGAAGUGCCUCAGCCAUUCACGUGUGUUCUUGUGAUUGUAGGUUGCUGUAGAUUCUUUAAGACAGCUUAUUUUAAACCUAGAAAAAUAGGAGAUUUUGUAACUGCUUGCCAUUAACUUGCUGCUAAAUUCCCAAUGUAUUGAUUAAAUCAAUAAAAAACAGAUGUUACCCAUG